GCCGCCGUGUCAUGCGGCCGGCAGCGUGAGGCGGUCGGUCGGUCGGGCGGUCGGUCAGCGUGAGGCGCCCAGUGUCUGCGGCCAUGGCCCCGGUACCGCCACCGGCCCCGGCACCGCUCCCGCUCCCGCGCUGCGCCUUCAUCGCCUGCCUCCUCAUCCUCGGCGGCGUCUCCAGAGGGCUGGGUUUGAAAUGUUUCUGCUCCCAUUGUGAAUCAACGAACUACACAUGUGAGACGGAUGGGCUCUGUAUGAGCACACUCUCUCGCAAGGGAGAUCGAGUGCUACAUGGCAAAUUGUGUCUUUCAAAUGCUGAACUGAUACCUCCUGAUCGACCAUUUCUUUGUGCAACAUCCAAGAACGAUGUUGUAUUAAAUCGUUGCUGUGACACCGAUUUGUGUAACUAUUAUGAUCUUCCUGUGCCAACAAGAGUGACUCCAGUGGAGCCUCCAUGGCCAAAUUUGGGACCUGUGGAAUUGGCAGCAGUCAUCGCUGGACCAGUAUGUGUGAUUUGCAUUUUACUGCUGGUGACCUUCUAUUUCUUUCAUAAUCGCGCGGUCAUUCAUCAUCGUGUUCCCCAUGAUGAAGAUCCAUCUUUAGAUCAUCCUUUCAUUUCUGAGGGGACCACGCUCAAAGAUUUAAUCUAUGAUAUGACCACCUCAGGAUCCGGUUCAGGGUUGCCUUUACUUGUACAAAGGACAAUUGCAAGAACAAUUGUAUUACAAGAAAGUAUAGGUAAAGGUCGAUUCGGGGAAGUCUGGCGAGGAAAAUGGAGAGGUGAAGAGGUCGCAGUCAAGAUCUUCUCUUCGCGUGAAGAAAGAUCAUGGUUUCGUGAAGCAGAAAUUUACCAGACUGUGAUGUUGCGCCAUGAAAAUAUUCUUGGAUUCAUUGCAGCAGAUAACAAAGAUAAUGGUACCUGGACACAGCUGUGGCUGGUAUCAGAUUAUCAUGAACAUGGUUCCCUGUUUGACUACUUGAACAGGUACACUGUUACUGUAGAAGGCAUGAUUAAACUGGCACUUUCUACAGCCAGUGGACUUGCACACCUGCAUAUGGAAAUAGUUGGUACACAAGGAAAACCUGCCAUUGCACACAGAGACCUAAAAUCAAAAAACAUUCUUGUGAAGAAGAAUGGAACUUGCUGCAUUGCAGAUUUAGGAUUGGCAGUAAGGCAUGACUCGGCCACAGACACGAUUGAUAUUGCUCCAAAUCACAGAGUGGGAACAAAAAGAUACAUGGCUCCAGAAGUUCUUGAUGAUUCCAUAAACAUGAAACAUUUUGAGUCGUUUAAAAGAGCAGAUAUCUAUGCUAUGGGCUUAGUAUUUUGGGAAAUUGCACGGAGAUGUUCAGUGGGUGGUAUUCACGAAGACUAUCAGCUACCUUACUAUGACUUGGUACCAUCAGACCCUUCGAUUGAGGAAAUGAGGAAGGUGGUGUGUGAGCAGAAACUGAGGCCAAACAUUCCUAACCGAUGGCAAAGUUGUGAGGCUCUACGUGUAAUGGCCAAAAUCAUGCGUGAGUGUUGGUACGCCAAUGGAGCAGCCAGAUUAACUGCUCUUCGUAUCAAGAAAACGCUGUCUCAGCUCAGCCAACAGGAAGGCAUAAAAAUGUAGUCGGAUGCAGUCCAGAGAUCGAGCUGAUAGGAUGAUAACUGCAAGUGGAUUGCAGUAUUAUUGGAAGGGAUUCUUGUUCUACCUCAUCGAGGGAGCAGAAGAUGGAUCACUCUGUCUGCACCACAUUUUCUAAAUUACAUAGGAAAUUUCCAUCAUGCCUAGCUCUCUAAUGGACAUGUUGAGCGCAGGCUGAGGUCCACUUUGUGCACUGAACACUACCUUCCCAGGACAUUGACAUAUUAUGUAGCUUAGGUUUUUUUUAAAUUAACAUUUAACUUGAUGACAAAGUGUUAUUAUUGGUCUUAAUAGUAGAAAAGCUGGAACACUUAAGCCUUUACCAAUACUGCCCCAAAAUGUUGAAGAGACUGGUAAUGGGGCUAGUCCCACAAAGGAAUAUAAAUGUCUGUGCAAGAUACAGUAUUACACACAAAGGGUACUCUGUCUAAGGGUUUAGUACUAGUUUUACUGCUUAGCAAUUCAACCAAGUGAAUAUAAUUUUGAAUCCUUGCAAUUUAUUUUCACCUUUUAUUGGCUAAAACUUUGAGAGGAAUUCUACACUUCACAUUUGGUUUGAGCCAUUACGCCACUUUGAAAUGGCUUACAUACUUGGGAACAAGACUGAGACAAAUGCAUUAACUGUUGCUACUUUUCUUUUGUUGCAGGAAUAAGAUUUGUGUUGAAAUUGUGAGUUUCUGAAAUGGGUACGCAAAUCGGGCCUUGAUUUUGCCAGAAGUAAAAAAAAAAAAACCCUAACCUGUAUCAUGUACAAUUUCCAGGUUUAGCGAUAAUUUGGUGAGAGCCUCAAUCUGGGUUUUAGUUCAUUUUUGUUUUAACUAGACAAUGUUUGCAAUUAGUAUUUUUUUUCUAGUUUUUGUUUUAAACAUAUGAACGUCAAUUCCCAAUAGCCUGUUGGAGGUUCAUAACCCUCUACUCCAUGAACAUCAAAAAGAAAAUUAUGGGAAUAUGGUUAUGGUAGUCCACGAUGCACUUCCAUUGGUUGUUGUGCUGUGGUGGAAGCAGCCACUUAAAAUAGCAAGGAACAUACUUGCAAUUCUUCAACUUGGCUUCCUGACAAGAAACUCUUUGCUUCUUGGAAAUGGGGGGUGGGAUGCUGGGUACCUUUGGUAAAAUUUGCUCUAAUAUCAUCUGUCAAAUGAGUUUUUGCUAAGGAAGAGUUAUUUUGACGUUGUUGAAUUUUUAACAUAAAGUACAUAAUAUAGCAAAUGCCUCUCAACCAAAUAUAAUUAUAAUGCAUUUUAACACAAAAUGAUAGCAGCCAAAUGAAUUAUUAUUAUUGUAUGUAGCAUAGUAUGUAGAUUAAUCGACAAAUAUUUGCCUAUUUUUCUCUCUCCAUUUGCAGUGACACUAAGGACCCAAUCAAGUCUUACUCGGUGCAUUAAUUGUGUGCAUUUUAUCAUGCCAUCUUUUGGGGCGAAAACAUUUUACUUUGCUUUGUUUUAGGUGCCAUUAAACUCAAAUUAGCUUUAAUGAAUUUAGAAUUAUAAGAAUAGUUAUUAAAAAUGAACUUUCUAUUUGGAGUGGACUGGGUUUUUAUUUGGCUUUUUAAAAGACUAUUUUCUGCAGGUACAAGAAACAGCGCAAAAUCGGAAUGAAAUCAAUUUAUUCAUGAAAUUAUCUUUUUUGCAGCUUGGGAGUCUGUGUUUUUAUUUGCACAAAAUGCCAUAAUAGGCCUUAUGAUCUCGCACUGUAAUAUCUUGAACCAUGUGUAAAUCAAAGGCAAUCUGGCCACCUACUGCUAGGUAUUCUCGGAGUACUCAAUCUGCUUACACAUGUGCUUUACUUUUUUUGAGGGAGAAACGGCCUAAAAUUACAAUUUCACAGCUUUCUUACUUUAUACACUGCAAUUAUUGAUUAUGGCGUCUGCCUUAUCAGGUGUUUGAAGAUGAAUAUAAAGAUUCAACAUUCAAAUUUAACCUGGGGUGGAAAGACUUCAAGUUCUGUUUAUUGCAGUACAGAUGUGCAGUGUUGUUAUUCCUUGAAUUUGGCAAAGACGCAGUUAACUAAUCCAUUUGGUGCAUUACAAAUAGAUCCACUCUGAAAUACAUAGAUAAGUCUUGCUUUUAGUUUUAACUUAGUUUACAUAUAAUUGUAUAUUUACAAAUGAGAAAGCCCAGUGUGAGAAAAUAUUUUUAUUUCUACAACUUUUUACUUUUUAAUAUCAUAAAAUCUGUAGUGUGAUUAACAUGGUAAUAAACCUAGUAGAAAAGCAGGGAGAAACACUAUAUAGAAAAUGUUGCGUAUAGCUUCUAGCUCAAAUAAAUCCAGAUCUUUUUCUAUCAUCAUUAAUCUCAGUGUGUAGUUUCCUGGCUGAGAAACAGUAUUAUAAUUGCAAGCAAUGAAGGUCCCUGAAGUGGCUGAACUGCUGCUAAGCCCUUGGGUAAAAUGUGUGGUAGCUCUGUUCGAAAGAUUUCUCAUCAGUCAUUCCUGUUGUAAGUAAUCACUGAGCAUAUUGUCUAAAUGUAUAGUACAGAAAACGUCUUUAUCGUAUUACAAGUUUUGUAUGGUUAGCGAAUGAACGCAACAAAAUGGGCACCUCCCUAUAAAACCAUGGUAAUUACUGUGAUCUGCAGCAUGUUAAGUGUGCAUAUCGGAUGUGCUUCUUUAUUACUAUAUUGAAUUCACCCAUGACAACUCGGUAUAUGCAAGUGAUACUGCUGCAUAUGUUAAUGUUAAAUUAUGAAAUGCUGUUGAUUUUAUUUUCCUGUAUCGAAUGCCACUACCUGCCCUUUCUAACACAGUCCCACCAGCAUGGUGUUACGCCAUGCAGCCCCCAAUUACAGAACAUUUAUUCUGCACUCAAACAAUUUUAUGUAAUUCUGCUUUAAAUUAAAGAUACCUCCGGAAUGACCAAGUUAUAUUUACCUCACUGUGUCUGUGAUAUUUUAUAUAUAUGCACAAAUAUAUUAAUAUAUAUAUUAUAUCACACUGAUAGUUUCAGUAACUCAGCACGUUUGCAAACUCAUGUUGAUUUAUAUAAAAUAUGGAUGCUGUAUUAAUUUAAAUCCUGUAUCUGUCUAUGGUACUGAAGUGUUUUGUGUAUGUAUUGCGCCUGGCUUAUUGUAUACUAGAUAUUCCUUUUUAUUGUUUGUAUAAAAUUGCUGAUCCAGGAAGUAUCCAUGCUGCCCUUGCAUUGCUUUUCCAUUGGAGGUACAGCUUUACAGCUAAAAUGUAUGGAAAAAAAGAAAGAUACUGGAGUCAGUAAAUAGACAUACAGCAUUCAACAAUUUUUUUUUCUCCUUUCUUCCUAAAGUACGAUUAUCAUAAAUGAUGUAAUACAACUCCCUGAUUGUUAAAAUCAUGCUCUUUUGUACAACAUGCACAACAAAGAUGGGCAAUGCUAGAUACUGAGUUAAAUGGCUUAUUGAAAGUAUUGGCAUUGUACAAUGCAUCUGACAAAACCAGAUUAAAAUAAACUGUUUAUCACCUAGA